GCUGCAUUCUGCUUCUCCAAACCAGAGCUGCUAGCGACAACUCCUUCCUCGCUUCUUGUGCGGGAGCUGACGACGAUGUAUUUAUUGUGUUUACUUUUCCAAAACAAAUACGAAGAAAAUCGAAAGUCGCGGUCAAUAAAUUAGAAUUCUUGGCAACAUGCAGUCGAAAGGAAAAACAUGCCCUUUAGCACCAGCCGCGCCGUCUUCAUCUGCUUCCGCAAGCAGCGGAGUAGGAGUAGCAAGUGGCGGCAAAAAGGGAUCAUUUGGAAAGCACAUGCACGAAGGCGUCGACUUCGGCGCCAUGCACUCUCAGUCGAAAGGGCAGUUUCCACCUCCUCUUGUAAACCCGAUGUCGUUCUCUUCGGUUUCCGCCGCAAGCAGUGGUGGCAAGGGCAAAGGGCUUAGAUUCGGCAGGGUAACAAUACCAGUACCUGCGCUGUCGCAGGGACAAUCACGCUCACACCGCCUACCGUUGGGUGGUACAAUCACGUUCACAUCCGCUACCGCGACCAGUAAAGGAGACAGCGAACAAAGGGCGAGGACCAUCGCGCCCGCGGUGUCGUUCAGUGCUGUCCUACCUGCUGCAGGAACGCUCACGACUCCCAACAAAACGUGCGCACUUGCCGCAGCUUCCAGCACGCCCGACGAGCUGUGUUUUUCGCUCGAUGAAGCGACUUGCCCAAUCUGCUUCGAGAUAAUUUCUGGAACCGCGUUCGAGACGGAAUGUUGCGGAAAGCUGACUUGUGAGAGUUGUGCUCAGGACUGCAGAAUAGCGACUUCCUGCUUUCAUUGCCGCCGGAACAGCAAAAUCCCCGAUGGGGAUGGUAUCCAGUUCAAGUUUCGGAAAAGCCACUUCGCAACCCGCAUGUUUCGGCAAAUGAAAGUGAACUGCAAGGAAUGCAGCAGCGAGCUGGCGCUGAAGGAUUUGGAGAGCCACAUGCACCCGAAAGGGCACUACUUUGGGUUCUUGCGCGAGAGUUCGAGGGAUGCAGCCGUCUGCCCCUACGCAAGGUGGAAAUGCCCGCAUUCAGUUGACGGCUGUGGGUUCGCCGGGGGACGUCUAAGCGAACUGAAGACGCACCUGGCGAAGGGCUGUACGAAGGUACUGACCACUGUACUUCAUGCACUACUUGUGCUCGUCCUCCAGCACCAGCACGAACAUAGAUUGUAUAUAAUUCCACGUUCUACAACAGAAGAAUAUACGCUUACCGGUAAGGUCGUACCCGACUUCUCUAUUGACAUAAGGUUAGAAACUUUAAAUUUUGAUUUUGAUUUAUCAAUGCGACAGACCACUACACGUUGUACAUUACAGGGGUUUCGCAAGCACGACGCGAAGACUCUGGAAAUUUGUGGCGGAGAAGACGGGCUGAUGCGAUCCGUGAAAACGAUCCACGGUUUCAUUGCCGGAGCGAACCCCAUAUCCUGUGCAAAAGUAUCGUACUCGUAUGAAUGCAGGCCUUGCAUUACCAAGGCAAAUCUGCAUUACAAAUUUUAUUUCUCAUGCUGAGCAUUACAAAUUUUAUUUCUCACGGAGCGGAGCUAAGCGACGGCUUAGGCAACGCGGAACACAGCGGCAACGAAAAAGAGGCACGAGAAGAACAAGGGGGCGCCAACGUAGCAAGUGCAGGAAGACAGCCAAGGACGGAGAGGCUGCUUCCACCUGAGACCCCGGCGGGACCCCCGCCGCACGCUGCGGCCCCCAAAACACCAGCGGGACCCCCGCUGUUUACCCCCCCACCAAGAAACGACCACAGCCGAGGUAAGGGUCAACACGCGGCAGGGACCGCAGACGAGCAGCCGCACGCGAGCAACACAGAAGCGGAGGCGGCGGCAAGCGAGGUGGUCGAGUGGAUCAAACUGCUGAUCGGGCUUGACGCGUCGAACUACUACAACAACAUCAGUUUGCCGAGCGCGGUCAGAGCCUACCGGCGCGGUCGACUCCACCCCGUCUACAUCAAACUGAUCCUGAUGACGACUUGGCGGAAAGAAGUAUACCUACGGAACGGCAAGGUAUACGGCCUCGUGACGCGACAUCGGGAGCUCAUCCAAGGCGCCGUAGAAACGAUGCUCGCGGGGGUCAUCCUCUACAUGAGCGGCGUUGAAAAAGUAGCAAAAUACCUCGAGAGCUGCUUCGGAGAGGACGGGCGAGUACUCGUGAAGAAGAUCGAAGGGGAGACGCACAAGCUGAGGCGAGAAAUAAAGCGCGAAUACGGGGCGCCAGACCUGGACACCACUUUCGCCGACUACAAACCGGAGGAAAUCGACGAGGUAUGGUUUGACCCGGUCACAGCGGGCGGCACCACCACGGGAUACCGCAGAACAGUGACAACGCAGAAAAGGGGCAGAAACCCGGGACAAACGGUGACGAAUUUCAUCGACGGAAAACUCCGGAAAGAACCGGGCGCGGACAACCCGAAACAAAGUUCCGCGCUUCAGUUCGUCGACGACGGAAGUCUAAGCCUGCGCUUCAGGUCUGCAGACCUGGAGCAUGUUCUGACGCUGUUGGCAAACGUGAAAGAAAGCUACGAAGCGGUCUAUCGCUCGGAAGGACAAUUUUUAGCACCGACAAAGUGCGAAUUUGUCACCAACGCGAACCCCGAACAGGCGAGAAGGAUACGAGAGAAGUUCAACCCCUUCGGGAUAGAGUUUGAAAAGAAGAAAGAAACGCGGACUCUCGGUAUCACGAUCUCACUGCGGAGCAUAGAAGACCAGAGGAGGGCAAUUCGGGCCCAGGUGCGGAAAGCAAUCGGAGCCGCGCAGCACCGUGUAGCGGUCGCGCAGAGUAUGCAGAAAACAAUGUCCGGCGAGGAGUUGAGGUUAGCUAUUCAGACCUUCUACAUGGCAGCGCUUAUCUACAGACUCCCGGUCAUGCACGUGAUCUGUACGAAAGAGGACUGGUCAGAGCUCCUAGCCGACAUGUCAAUAUGCAUCGCGACAUCGCUCGGAUUCAAGUGGGAAGAUCUGCCGAAGUUGGCGGAGCUCACGGACACAACGGAUGACACUUUCUACAGAGUAAUCUUUAGCGAGAACCUGCUAGGGCUACUCGACCCGUACACGCUCGGCAUCAAGGGACUACGGGGCUCGGCGCAGAGCGGCUACCUGACCGACCCAAACAAGAUGCUGAAAUGGGCAACGUAUCCAGUCUCGGUACAUGGAGAAGGAUUCGCAGGGAUGUCCGACGCAGACAUCGACGACCUGGAGGACAGACAGGACGCAGACGCCGCAUUAAUCGCGGCCGCCACGGACGGGGCAGCGACGAGGCUACCGCCGUCGAGCGACUUGCGAGCAGAGGGCUUCAUCCCAGACAGAAGCGACCAAGGCUCCGAGCGGUCGCAGAGAGUAGACAGCCGCGCAAGCGUCUACUUGUGGUCAACCGGUGACGGGGAAGGACUAGUCUGCACGGCGCGGAUGAAAAACUCUGCAACCGAGAUCCGCAUACCCCUCCAGUGCAGGACCAAGAGCACACACCUGAAGACCGAGGUAAGGAAGAAGGAGCAGCGAUUCCUCGCGUACGCGAACAACGUGAUCUGGGCGAUGCCGAUCCUGGCUGCAAACCUGGCGGGGCCGACACCGCGCGACACUCUCAUCAUCCACCUACAAAGCUACAGCGCCCUUCUUCAAGCGACACGCGGACCGAUGAGACAGAAACAAGGAAUCCACCUAGACUUGGUUGAAAAGAUCGAGGACUUGCAAGGACUCGGACACCGGGUCGUCAAAGGUGGAAGCAGCGAAGCGAGGACACUCGACGCGACGCGCCAAAUCUCGGAAAUCGACCUGCAGCACAUAAACUUGGCAGGACACGACAAGGCAGCGGAGUGGCUUCGCUUCGACUUUGGAGACGAAGCGCUACCGGGAAUCCCCCCCGUGGUAGAGUGGCCACCAAUGUCGAUGAGAGAGAGAGCGGAAUACCUAGCAAAAGCGUUGGAAGGUGUCGUAGUGCGGACACGAGCAGAAGAGGCACACCCCAGAGAGGAAGAGGUCGCAGGAGGCGCACAGGCAACGCAGGGACAGGAGAGCGAGGAGGUGGGAGCCCCACCGACACCGCGCCAGCUGUUCAGCACCCCACAAAACGUAAGCAGUAGGCAGGAGGCGACAGCAAGCCAAAACGGCGAACAGAGCCCAAGCGAGAGAAGGCGGCGGAGCGCAGAAGCAGGCGCACAACAGCCGCACGGAGACGGCGAGAAGAAGAGCAACAGCUCCCCGGAAGCCGACAAGGCAAGCGCGGAAGAGCCCGCCGGGGGGAAGCCAGAGGGCGACAAAGACGGAAGAAAACCGGACGAGCCCAAACAAGAAACGGGCGGAGAAGAGCAGCCACAAAGACCGGAAGGCAAAAACACGACUACCGGAAACGAGAGGGCGGAGCCAAUUCGAAGCCAACCGGAGAGCGCGGAGGUAGACGACGAAGAGGGGGCGAGAGUCAGAAACGGCAAGCGACGCGAGUCGUCGCCAAUCUGGAGACCACCGGCGAAAAAGCGGAAACCAGCCCACCUUUCGCAGUUCUUUAGCGCCGCGGACCUGCUCGGACCCCUAGGCGCGGAGGUCGCAGGCAACAUCUUCGGCAGCUCCGCCAGCUCCUCGCGUCCGGCGCAGACGCAACAGCGGAACCCCCCCCCGACAAAACCCCCCCCAGGCUGAGAACCUCGGCAAGAUCCUACCCUGCACCAGCCCCCCUCUGGCAGACGUGCGGCAGCCGACCGCUCGCAGCGUGCCUGCGGACGCCACCAAGAAGGGAAAGAGAAACGGAAGUGCCCCGCUACAGGCCUAACCCAGACCAACACGAGGAGCGGACGCUUUGAAAAAGACAGGGGCGGCUACAACUUGAAAAACUAAAAAAAACAGCAGGAAAGAACACAGGUUCUACUGAUAAGCAGGUCGAUUUUUUUUGAUAAGCUACGGAAGCUAAGUUUUCAAAAAAAAGAAGGAAAAACUUACAGCAGCCUUACAGGGAGCUAGUGAAGCCCACGCAACGGCGGGCGACAAAGCGCUGGAGUUCAACACCGGGGAACGGAAGCUGUUCCGGCGGAGGGAAAAAGAGAGAAGGAGGAAAAAAGUUGUAUUUGAAAUUUUUUUUGUUUUUGAAAAAACAAGAUGGCUCGCGACUUGUUCGUCCCCCCCAGUAAAACAAACUUGGAUCCCAAGUCCUCCUUGCACCGCAGCCGCGACGGAACGGGACGAAACAAGAGGGCCAGACGGGAAAAGAGAGAGAAAAAAACGGACAAAGAAAACAAGUCCGAGAUUCAUACUCACCCCAUGCGAGGCCACCUGUGCUAAAAUUCCAAUGGAAUUUGGCCCAACAUUGCCUGCGACCAUGGACGUGAAUAAACCCGCAAACUUUUCAUAUCCAGCAGUAAUCCGCCGAACAGUCCCAGUACCCCCGGAGUAGCCCCCCCAACUACUCAUCCGAGCCCAUGAUCCCACCUGUGCUUUGCACCAACAUUGGAUCGGCUCUACAUCCGCUUCCGGGGGGUGCAAAUUGGUAUCUGACCGACAUUGUGCCAAGAGGAGGGCCUCCCCGGGACCGCCUGGCGAAAGCCUGCCAUGGGUUUCACUGUCUACGGGUGGUGUUGCGGGUUAGCCUGGCGAAAGCCAAAAACCGGCAGAAAAUGGGGCCACGGAGGCGUUCUUGCUGGACAUUACCAACAUUUGCCCACGCAGAGCCGUCCUCUUGCCGGACACAACCAACAUCUGUCCGAAACAGCCUAGGGCCAAGACGACGCCGUGAGGACGACCACAGGGGGUCCGUCUCAAUGAUGAUGAUGAUGCUGAGGAAAUUUGCAAUGCAUUUAUACGAGUGCGAUACUUUUGCAGUUCAUACCCCAUCCCCCCGGACGCGUUGAUGAUGACGCUGUCGCAUCUGUAUCAAAUGCAAAAAUGUCUGGGUCUGGAAGAAUGCUAAUGCAACUUGUGAUGCUACUUUUGGAAUCUACAGAAAAUCUGUAUUGCUAUUGCAUGAACAGCAAAAGAGGUGUAAUUCGUGCUACGCGGAGAGGGCAUUUCUCAUGCGGUAUGAGCACGAGAAAGCCCUCGCAAAAUCUCUGAUGCUAGGGUAUGCAUCACAGACCUCAUCGGUCAUGCAAAAUCUGCAUGACAAAUUCCUGCAUUCUUCCAGACCCAGACAUUUUUGCAAUCCAUAAUCUGGGCAUCCAGCUUACCGCCACCGUGUGGGAGGCUGUCUGCAGUAUGCCGCGCAAGGCCAGAGACAGGCUAUUCGUGGAGCUCGAGCAGGGGCAGCUGACAGACGACGAGCAGGACGCGAAGUGCCUGAUCGGCAGUCCAUCGUGGUGCCGCGUGAAGAAGUGCCCAGAAUUGCUCAGUCUCCAUUUUUUAAUUGGAUUGGGCGACGUUUCCUUCCCCGUGUUGGAUUUCGAGCGAGCGGACUACCCGCUUCUCCCGACGAGAAGGCUUCCCACCGCGUUGCGCAAAGCAUACCGUAGUGCGUUGCAGCAUUUCGUGGUAGAUAAGUACAACCUGCCGCGCAACCCGGUGGAGCGGAGCGCUCCGUCCGAUGUUCGUGUGGCCGCCGUCGGAAGAGAGUGCAUCACGACUAACUUGUGUCUUACGUUUUCCAGGUCUAUUGAAAAGGGCUGCACGGAAUGGGCGACACUGCAGAAGGAGAAACAACAAGGAAGAAGUACUAGAUCAACCUCUACCACGCCCAGCCCUGGUACAAGCGCGGCACAAGCAAGAAGACCACUGGCGGCGGGAAAUCGACCUAGCUCUGACAACUCUCCUUGCUGGCGGAGUCGCAGUCCGCGUCGUAUCGCCAGCCUUGAUGAUGUGGAUAUGGACGAGUUGUAAAGUAUUGAUGAAGUAGAUCGAGAUAAGAUAUAUGAUUCUGUGGAUCAAAAUUCAUUCGCAUCGCGUUUUCCUCUUAU